UAGGGACUUAAUUCAUUCACAAAUAUUAGAUUUGAGUCUAAUAUGUAAUUUUUAAAGGUUAUACUAGCAUAACUUUUAAAAAUAAAAAUGGAAGGGAAGGGAAAUUUGCGUAAAUCAGGUGAAAUAUGAAGCGGAAAAUUUCAAAUCAAAGGCAUCUCAGAAAAGAGAGAGGAGAAAAAAUUGGUUCGGCAGCGAAGAUGAGUAACCCAUAAAAGCAAAAUUAGGUAAAGAGGAGAAGAAAAAUGGAGGAAUCACUGGAAGGAUCCGUUGGCGCGCCGAUUAUAUUCCUUAUCGUCGUCGCUGUUCAGUACCUCUCCCGCUAUGUCCAACUCAAUACCAGUAGAGUUGCUGUAAAUGCUGAGGAGUUGAAAUUGCGUGCAGAAAUUAAGCAGCUGCAAAAGGAAGCAAAUGCCAUGUCACAGCCGUCAACAUUUGCACAAGCUGCAAAACUAAGGAGGACGGCAGCAGCCAAGGAGCAGGAACUUGCAAAAAAUCAAGAAAAACUCAUGAAAGAGAUGAAAUCAUCAUAUGAUACAUACAGAAAGGCCCUAACUGCUAUAAAGGUCUUGACUUACUUCUUGCUGAUUAUCUGGUUUUGGCGUAUCCCUGUGGCUUCUAUACCUAAGCAGCUCCUGCAACCUUUUGGUAGGCUUUUGUCUUGGCGAUCUGGAGGUCCAGCGAAUGAAAAUGUCACGGUGGGAGUCAUUCCAUGGUUAAUAUUGUCAACUAGAGUCAGCAAACUUAUCUGCCGGAAAAUAUUCAAAUAGGAGAGUAAGGCUCUAGAUACACAUCAGUCGAAAAGAACCAAGAUUGUCAGUCUACUGAUGUGUAUUUAUUUGAUUGCAAUUAGUAGUCGUAUCUGUAGAUGAAAUUUUGUCCUGAACGAGUCGAUUACUGUAUCAUUUUUGACAAGAUAAAGGUGUGAGGAAUAACUUGUAACCGUUGUAUGGUAUUGCCAGCAGCGGCACAACAGAAAGCAUACAGCUGUGCUCACUGUAGCUAUAGAAGUGUCGAAUUAUGAAUAGUAACUGAAAUAAACGCAGUUAUAGGUCACAACUGCAUAUAUCUUGGAGAAUUUAGAGCCUGUUUUGGAUGGCAACUUAUGACUUAUAAAUAAGACAUAAGUUAAGAUUUGUAAGAGCUUGUUUGUAUUGACUUGUUUUAGGUGUUUUUAAGCCAAAAUAACCCUUAAGCACUUUUUUAGUGUUUGGAUAAGAUUUCUUGUUUCUCGA